UCAUCAUUGACUAAACUGCAACUUCGCUGUGACAACUUAAACGCUCUAAUAUUUUUUAAUGGAAGUUUGGCACACACGCGCUGUAGUACACCGAUGAUUAUUUACUUGUACCGAAAGUGUAAACACCAAAUUUGUGUUUUGAAAGAAGUGAUUCGGGUGUGUUUUUGUUGGCGCAGCAGGAUUAUGGUCGCUGGAGGACUUCAGUAACGUUUGUUGUGUACAGGAGAAAGUGAACCAACAGCACGCACACACACACACACACACACACACACACAUGGUGAGGAGGCCAUGUGGUGGUUCCAACAGGGUCUGUGCUUCCUGCCAGCCGCUCUGGUCAUCUGGACAGCGGCGUCUUUCGUCUUCGCUUAUAUCACAGCGGUGUUGCUGAGACAUGUGGAUCCUCUGGUGCCGUACAUCAGUGACACAGGAACAAUGGCACCAGAGAGGUGUGUGUUUGGCAUCAUGUUGGAUGUGUCAGCCUUUUUAGGUAUGGCAACGGUGUACGUGCGUUACAAACAGGUGCAGGCUCUGACAGGUGUGGACAAUGUCAGACUCCACAGACUCAACAGCUUCGGGCUGCUGCUCGGCGUGAUCAGCUCCUUCGGGAUGUGCGUGGUCGCCAACUUCCAGAAGACCACACUGUUCUCCAUGCACCUGGUGGGGGCGGUGCUGACCUUCGGAGUCGGGGCUCUCUACAUCCUGGUUCAGACGCUGCUCUCGCUCAAAAUGCAGCCUCACGUCCACAGCAAGGCCAUCUACCUGGUCCGCCUCGGCAUCGGAGUCUGGACACUGUGCAGCAUCAUCAGCAUGUUCAUAUCAUCAGUCAUCAUGUACAGCAGUCUGCCAGGAGUGGACGUAGCUCACAAACUGCACUGGAUUCCUGGAGAGAUGGGUUACACGGCUCACAUCGUCAGCACCGUGUCUGAAUGGUCACUGGCCUUUUCCUUCAUCAGCUUCUUCCUCACCUACAUCAGAGAUUUUCAGAAAAUUAACUUGCGAGCAGAGGUGGAUUUGCAGAGCAGCCACCUGUAUGACUGGCCACAUGGAGGUGUUGUCGCAUCACAUCAUCUCAAACGUGAAGCCAACGAGUCCUCUCCACUGCUGGCAGGAGGAACGUGACCAGCAGCUGCUGCUUUUACACCAAUUUUCACUUUUUCUAAACUUGUUUAAAAGCUUUUUAUAGAGAAUUUCUAAAAGCUGUGGCAGCUCUUAAAGGGUCAGUUCACCAAAACAUAUCAUCUGUCCUUCCUCUUGUGGCGUCUAUCAAGACAGAUAGUUGUGGAUUUAUUUCAUAUCUGUCUUUGCGUUUUCUGCCUCGACCUCAGUAUAAUGGAGGUGAAUGGAAUUUACUUCAAGGAAAAAAAGGAGAAAGUUUUCAUAGUGAAAUCCCAUUCAGAUCCUCUGUACUGGGGUGCAGAUAUCUGCAAACCUGAACAUCUAAAACCAAAACUAUGUGAUUGUGCCACUAGAGGUAAGGGUUUUUAUUCAUAUUUUAUCAUUUGGAUGAACUAACCAUGUAAAUCCAAAUGUAAUGCUUUUGCACUUUUCCCUCCAACUAUAUUGGUCCUUCUCAGUGACUUGUUCCACAAGCUGCACUUUAUAUCAUUCAAUUUUGAAGAGCUUUCACUGCCGUUAUAAACACCACCUGCUUUUUGUUCUAUCACGUGUCUGAAGCCCGCCGAGCUUCAUUUGGUGGAAAUAAAACAAUAACUUUAGAAUCAUGUUUAAAUGUCAGCUAAUGGAUUGAUUAACUCUAAGGGGGAAACACUCAGGAGCGUUGAGUUUAGUCUGUCAAGUUCAACAAACAAGAUGCUUUAAUAUUUUAACUGUUUCUGACCAGUUAUAAGUCUGCUUUUAUUCCUUGUUUACGAGGGUGUUUGCAAGACUUCCACUUUUUUUUAAGAGUUCCCCAUUUUUAUUGAUGUGGGGGAGUAGAACUGACGAUAAGUGAACAGCUCCCCCUGCUGGAGAAUCAGAAGUGAGUUUGUGCUAACCUGAAGUGUCUGCCACCAGAAAAAUUAUACAUUUUUAGUGUUUUAAUCAUAAUUGAUUCAUAAUGUUUUUUUUUAAGUAUAAAUUUAUUCAAUUUGCACUGAUGUUAUGCACACUUUUUUUUAAUCCACAAUUUAAUUUGCCAAUUUAUAUGAAUUCAUUGCUACAUUGUUUACAUCUGUGUUUACUAGCCAACAGUCCUUUUCUUCACUGCCUUUGUUGGCAAAUUACUGCCACCAACUAUCAGUGGAACGGCACUAAACUAGCUACAGGAAUUUUAUCACGUUGCAGCAAAACGAGGAAACACUCAUAAAAACAUCUCUUUAUGGUCACAAACACCUUUAAUCUAAAGCAGCUGUUGAGUUUGAAGAGGUGAGGCAGAAGUGCUCUGCUUGGUCAGAUUUCUCUCAACACACAAUAGUUGCAUUUUAAUCAUAUCAUUCAUAAAUAAAACUGUCUUUAAAUUAAAUCUCUCAGCAUUUUUAAAUUGACAAAUCUAUUAUCAGGAAAACAGUUAAUUUUUCUGAUGGCACACUUCACACUGCACAGGACCUGCCGUCAAUUAACUGAGAACAAACUGUAUCUACAAAUAAACAUUAAUUAAUCAGAUAAAACUUACUUACCCUAAAUUGUGUAUAUUAUACUGUUUGCUGCAAAUAAAAAUGUAUUUGUUUGUG